UUCCUUUGUUUUGUCUUUUGUUUUAGGUUGGUCAGGGCGUGAGUUGGGUGGGUAUUAUCUAUGUUUUCUGUUUCUAUGUGGGGUUUCUCGUUUGGCCUGAUAUGGUUCUCAAUCAGAGGCAGGUGUUAGUCAAUGUCUCUGAUUGGGAACCAUAUUUAGGUAGCCUGUGUUCUAUUGUGUUUUGUGGGUGGUUGUCUUCAGUCUUUGUGUGUCUGCACCAGUUAGAACUGUUUCGGUUUUCACUUUUGUUGUUUUGUAUUUGAAGUGUUCUGUUUUUUGAUUAUUAUUAAAUUAAGAUGAACACUAACCACGCUGCGCUUUGGUCCUCUCCUUCCACCGACGAAAGCCGUUACAGAAACGUUGGCUGAGCGCCAUGACCGGGCGUUGGACAUGCUGCUAGAGCAAUUCCAUGGGUUGUCUGGGGGGCAGCCUGCCAAGGUGGUAACCCCACCGCCCCUCAGUAACUCGGCAGUUAGCAGCGUCGCUCCACCUUCCCGGGAGCCCUGUUUUACAUCCCCUGGAACGCUUUAAUGGAGAGCCGAGCGCCUGUCUGCGUUUUUAGCUCAGUGUGCCCUCCCUCCUUCCCCUCAGAUUGCGCCAAGAUAGCCUACCUCAUCACGCUGAUGUCUGGGCGGGCUCUCACCUGGGCUACCGCCGUAUGAGAACAACUACCGGCCAUGUGUGUGAGUCUGGAGGGGUUCGUGGGAGAGGUGAGGAAGGUUUUUAAUGCCCCGUUCUCCAGGAGAAAAGCUUCCCGAAAGCUAAUCCAGCUCCGGCAGAACGCCCACAGAGUGGCCGACUAUGCGGUGGAUUUCUGCACGUUGGCAGCGGAGUGUGCGUGGAACCAGGAAGCACUGUUCGACAUGUUCCUGCAUGGGGUCUCGGAGAUUGCGGGAACAACGGAUGGAGAGGAUUUGAUUUUGCUCGCAUGUCCAGGGAUUCCACCUCGCCUCCGCAUCAUCCCGGAAGUCCCCAACGGUCCCGUUGCCGAGAGCACCCGAGGUAUCCCGACCUUCCUUGAGAGUCACCAAAGACGUCCGAGGCACUGUUUCCCGAGCCUAUGCAACUAGGCAGGGCUGAGCUAUCACCAGCGGAAUGGCAACACAGGAUCAACACAAGGAGCUGUCUGUAUUGCGGGACUGUUGGUCAUUUUAUGUCCUCUUGCCUGGUAAAAGACCAGGCUCACCGGUCGGAGCGAUUACUCUGGUGGGCCAAAUGGAGAACUUUUCUGAUUCCCUUACUCGCACCCCUUUUCAUGUCAUUCUGCUGUGGGGAAACCAGUCCAAAUCUCUCCGUGUCCUCAUUGACUCUGGGCGCUCUAUAUAAAGGGUCAUCCAUAACACCACUCCUAUCAACCUACGUGUGUCAGGGAAUCAAUCCCCUCAUCAACUGGUCUACGGGUGCCUCAAUGGCAUUACUGUGAAGAACCGUUAUCCGCUACUAUUCAUUUCCUUGGCCUUCGAGCCGCUCCAGGGGGCCACAGUUUUCUCCAAGCUGGAUCUACGAAACGCCUACCACCUGGUGCGAAUACGAGAGGGGGAUGAGUGGAAGACCUUCAAAGCGGCCACUACGAAUAUCUGGUCAUGCCCUUUGGCCUCGCCAACGCCCCUGCCGUGUUCCAGGCUUUGGUGAAGGAUGUUGUCCACGACAUGUUGAACCGGUUCGUCUUUGUCUACAUGGAUGACAUCCUCGUCUUCCCCCGCUCCCCCCAAGAGCACGUGCUCCACAUCUGACAUGUUCUCCAGCGCCUUCUGGAGAAUCAGUUGUUUUUUAAGGUGGAAAAGUGUGAGUUCCAUCGCUCCAUCAUUCCCUUUCUGGGCUACAUCAUCUCUGCUGGGAGUGUCCAGAUCGAUCCCGAGAAGGUGAAAGCGGUGGUGGAUUGGCCUCAGCCUACGUCCAGGGUGCAGCUGCAACGCUUCCUGGGGUUCGCCAACUUUUAUUGCAGCAUUAUCCGGGGUUACAGCACCCUGGCCUCCCCCCUGUCUGCACUCACUUCUACCAAGGUUACGUUCACGUGGUUUUCUGCUGCUGACCGGGCGUUCCGGGACCUUAAACACCGCUUCACCACUGCUGCUACCCUGGUUCAUCCUGACCCAUCCCGUCAGUUCGUGGUGGAGGCCGACGCUUCGGAUGUUGGAGUGGGGGCUGUCCUGUCCCAACGUUCUGCCCUGGAUCUUAAGCUGCAUCCCUGCACCUUCUUCCCUCACCGCCUCAAAGCCACGGAGAGGAACUACGAUGUGGGGAAUCGGGAGCUUCUCGCGGUGAAGAUGGCGUUGGAGGAAUGGAGGCAUUGGCUAGAAGGGGCGGAACAUCCGUUCAUUGUGUGGACCGACCACAAAAACCUGGAGUAUCUCCACACCUCCAAGAGCCUCAACUCCAGGCAAGCGAGAUGGGCCAUGCUGUUUACCCGGUUCAACUUUUCCCUCUCCUACCGGCUUGGUUCCAAGAACGUCAAGCCGGAUGCUCUGUCUCAUCACUAUAACCCCGCGGUUAUCACCUCGGAGCCCGAGACCAUCCUUCCCACCUUGUGCCUGGCGACGGCACUCAACUGGGAAACAGGGAAACAGGUACGGGAGGCGUAACGGUCCCAGCCGAACCCUGGGGGGGCCCAGAUAACCAGAUGUUUGUCUGACGCUGUCGACUCUGCGGUCCUGGAGUGGGCCCAUUCCUCCAGGCUUGCCUGUCACCCAGGCUCUCGUCAGACCCUGGCCUUAGUGCGACACGCUUUUGGUGGCCUACUAUGGUUCCAGAUGUUGCCGUAUUUGUCGCUGUCUGCGCACAGAACAAGACUCCUCGGCAAGCUCCGGCUGGUCUUCUCCAACGACUGCCUGUCCCUCACCGUCCCUGGUCCCAUAUAUCCCUGGAUUUUGUCACGGUUCUCCCCCCGUCUGAGGACAAGACUGCCAUCAUGACUGUGGUCGACCCACUUCAUUCUUCUCCCCAAACUACACUCGGCCAAGGAGACGGACGAGCUUAAUGUGCAGCACGUCUUCCGGUUCCACAGACUCCCGGUGGACAUGGUGUCCGACCGGGCUUCGCAGUUCUCGUCCCAGUUCUGGAAGGCGUUCUGUGCACUCAUUGGGUCGUCGGCCAGCCUGUCCUCCGGAUUUCACCCCCAGUCCAAUGGGCAGUUGGAACAAGCCAACCAGGACUUAGAGACGAGACUUCGCUGCCUAGUCUCCAUCAGCCCUACCACCUGGAGUCAGCAACUGGUAUGGGUUGAGUACGCCUGCAACACCCUUCCUUGCUCUGCCACGCGUCUCUCGCCCUUCGAGUGGUCCUUGGGAUAUCAGCCUCCGCUCUUCCCCGAGCAAGAGGAGGAAGUCAGAUAUCCCUCUUCCCAGAUAUUCAUCCUCCGCUGUCGCCGUACCUGGAAGAGAGCCCGGAUCGCUCUGUUGAAGACCACUUCCAGGUAUAGGCGACAAGUGGAUCACCACCGGACCCCUGCUCCACGCUAUCGGCUCGGCCAGAGGGCCCACCCCUCCUCCCCGUGUCAUCGAUGGCCAUCCGGUGUACACGGUGAGACGCCUCCGGAGUGUUCGACCAUGUGGCAGGGGAUUUCAGUAACUGGUUGACUGGGAGGGUUAUGGCCCGGAGGAGAGGUGCUGGGUCCCCGCUAGAGACAUCCUGGACCCAGCCCUCAUCGCCGACUUCCCCCGCCAGCACCCCGGUCAACCAGAACCCGUGACACAUUUUGACUUAAGAGCUGGUUCCUGCAGUACUUCAGGACAAUGACGGCCAUCAAAGCUCCACAGGACAAGUAUAAUGCGGUGUGGAUAAUUUUCUUCGUCCUUGGCUUGGGAACCCUCCUGCCAUGGAACUUCUUCAUGACUGCAACCAUGUACUUCACCAGCCGACUGAAGGACUCGGCCGUCGCAGGCUCAGUGAAUCUGACGGCCAACGCCACGGUAGAUGAGGCAGACACGAGGAACGUCCUGGAGUCCAAGUUCAACAAUGUGAUGACCCUGUGUGCCAUGGUGCCCCUGCUCAUCUUCACCUGCCUUAACUCCUUCAUCCACCAGAGGAUCCCUCAGAAUUGCCGUAUCGCCGGCUCCCUGUCUGUGAUCCUGUUGGUGUUCCUGUUGACGGCGGUGCUGGUCAAAGUGGACAUGAGCCCUCUCCCCUUCUUCUGUUUCACCAUGAUCAAAAUUAUCUGCAUCAAUUCGUUUGGGGCAGUGCUGCAGGGCAGUUUGUUUGGCCUGGCUGGGAUGCUGCCGGCCUCCUACACUGCACCUAUCAUGAGUGGACAGGGCCUCGCCGGGACCUUCGCUGCCUUCUCUAUGAUCUGUGCCCUGGCCAGUGGCUCGGCCCUACAGGACAGUGCCUUUGGCUACUUCAUCACAGCGUGCGUGGUCGUCUUCCUGGCCAUCCUGUCCUACUUCGCUCUGCCCAGAAUGGACUUUUUCCAGUACUACCUGGAAAGUAAUGGAUCCAGGCCAGCCGGCGGAGAUGAAGAGAACAAGAUGGACCUUUUGAAAAAAGACAGCCCAGCACAGAAGAGGCCGGUGGUCAGUCUGACAGAGGAGGAAACCAGGUCCACCAUAUCUGUGUUUGCCAUCUUUAAACGGAUCUGGGUAAUGGCCCUUUCUGUGUGCUUCGUGUUCACCAUCACCAUCGGAACAUUCCCUGCAGUCACAGUUGACGUCAGGUCCACUGUGGCCGAUGGGGGAGCCUGGGAUAAAUACUUCAUCCCUGUGUCGUGUUUCCUGCUCUUCAACGUGAUGGACUGGGCAGGCAGAAGUCUGACGGCCGUGUGUAUGUGGCCUGGUAAGGACAGCAUCAUCCUGCCAGUCAUGGUGGGUCUCCGUGUGGUCUUCGUGCCUCUCUUCAUGCUGUGUAACGUCCAGCCCAGGAACUACCUGCCCGUGCCGUUCGCCCACGACGCCUGGUACAUCCUCUUCAUGAUCUUCUUCUCCUUCAGCAACGGCUACCUGGCCAGCCUCUGCAUGUGCUUCGGACCAAAGAAAGUGGCACAACACGAAGCGGAGACAGCCGGCGCCAUCAUGGCCUUCUUCCUGUCUCUGGGUUUGGCUCUGGGAGCAGCCCUGUCCUUCGUCUUCAGAAUCAUUAUCUAGACCCGAAACACCCCCUUCUAACCAACCUGCCGUGGAGGAGAUGAUGAACUUUUCUCUGUUAAUUGUUUUGUUCUUCUCACACGGGAGCAACGCUAGAACACUAGGAAGCAGCCAGCCUCAGUCUGUGCUUCCCCUCCUGCCACUGACUGAUGUUACGCUUUCAUUAUGAAAGAAUGCAAAGUUCAUCUAGUUCAGCUGCCUAUGUUACUGCUCUCAUAUCUUGUUCUAGUUGCCAAUAUCUAUAAUGUCUCUCUCAUCCUCCAAGAACCAUGGUGGAAAACAGGAGCUCUCCACUCAAGGGAUAAUUUCAGUUUAUUGAUCAAAAUGCCACUAUGAGCCAUUUAUAUGGAUUGUGAAACUACCCGACUUAUGUCUUGGUGUGUGUUAUUAUUGAAUUGUAUGGGCAUUCUAGUUUAGAAUGUUUUAAAUCUCAAUGGAGUUUUACCAGCAUACGUCAGUGUGUAAAUGUUCAUUGUGGUAUAGCCUUGCCAUGACAUGUAAAGGAAUUUGAAAAGCUUUACCACAGUGACAUGUAGCUAUUAAUUACAUGUGUUGUGCCAACGAACGGUGAGGGUAGGAGUUUGUAAACUCACCUCAUUUGUUCUGCCAGUUUGUGCCAUUUUUGUGAGUUUUAUCAUCAAAAUAUUUUGUACCAGAUCUAGUUUUGAGUGCCAUAUUUUAAAACCGGAUUGGCACAAGUUAAGUUCGCCUGGUUCGUAUCAAUCAGGUUUUUAUGAAGAAAAAAUAAAUGCAAUGUGCCGAGGGCUUUAAAGUACGACUAAAUAUUUUGCUGUGCGAACUUUUUAAUUAGGGAGCACCAGGGCAACAAACAUCUCUGUGUGUUCAUAAUUGUAAUAAGGCUUUGCUGUACCGUUGUUUCCCAAGCGCAUAAUCGUUAGCGUCAUGCUUGCACCAUUACUACAGCAAAAACUGCUAGUUUCUAGCCCAAACAGUUCGAAAGAUCUUUGACCCAUAUUACUGGUGGAAAGUUCUCUUCCUGUAAAGGAUUGGAGGGCUGCAUUUUAUAUUCAUAAACUGCUCUAAAACUC